AUGUGCCUCUGGGAGCUGACUUUCUGCCCUGCACGGGGCUGCGUGGUAUCUUACAAGGUUUCUGAGAUUUGCCCACAGCGACAAGGGAGUAAGCCGCAUCCCGCCAGAGCAGCGAACACAGUCGAGAUCACUCUUGCCAGCCGAUGUGCGAGAUGCGAGGUCCUCGACAAUAUGGACAUCGAAUCGAACCAUAGCACCAGCUUGCACUCCAGCGGCAGUGCCACCUGUUAG